AUGAGCCAGCAAGACCAGCAAGCCUCUCGAAGCGCAUUGAGUUACUCCUCAACUCACCAAGCAUCGCCCACUCAAGCAUCGUAUACAGAUCAAGACACAAGCGAGCUUCUACGCAAGCUCCAAGAAACUACAAUUGCGGCUUUGAGGACAUCGAACAACACGAUGGACUCCCACGGCGGCGGCAGCUCGAAGGGCACCUCACCCGAUGACAAAGGCAAAGGCUACGACCAGUAUGCCAUCUUCGACGGCUUACUUCCUCGGAUAGAGACCAGAGGACAGAGCAAAAACUCGUCGAAGAAGAGCAGCGGCAAGAAGAAGGAAAGCAAGGGCUCUAGUCAACAGUACGUUUCCACGGCGGACAACCAACCGGCGGGUGCUGAUGGACCGAGUCAUAGUUGA